AAUUAUAACAGUUUGAUUUUGUAAUUUACUUUCAGAGAGAUUACGUGAUGUUAUAAUUAAUGUUUGUACCUGUGUACUGCAAAUAUAUACCGGCACAGGUUCAUGUUUAUAUAAUGUAUUGUUUAUAUUUGAAAGGUGUUGCUUUGAACUGACUCACACUAUAUCUUAUCUGGAAUUAUAUUUCAGUUGAACUUUUUUACAGUCAAAGUGUUGAAUUAUAGUAUACAGUGUAUGUGUUAGAUUUAUAUAAAAAUUACAAGUGAUAUUUGGAUAUUAACAAGAAUUACGACAUGGGUACCAGCCGUGGAUACGGACUGGGGAGCAGCAAAUAUGGCGGCAGCAGCGGUUACGGUGGAAGUGGCGGCAGUAGCUAUUUAAACACCUCAUACGGAACGCCUCGGUCAACAUACAGACAAUCAAGUUACGAACCGAGACUUUCCUCUUAUGUUGGGGGUGGAUCAGUAAUGGAAAGAGUGAAACAGUUAAACCCUGACACUCGAAGUGGGGGUAGUUAUACCCCAUUAAACAGUCGCCGAGCCUCUGGUGCCAGAGAUUAUAGUGCGGGUGGGGGCGGAAGCACAAAUUCUUGGGAUAAAUAUUCAGGUCGAAGUGUUGGUAGUGAUUAUAGUAAUCGUUCAGGGUAUAUGUCAGACUAUGGUGGAAGUAAUCCAUCUCUUUAUGGUUCUUGGGACCGAACUUCAUCACGUUCAGGGAGAGGGUACGGUGCUGCAAGCCGUGAGACGUCGCCCGUUAGUUCUCGAACUCCCGCACGGCAAUAUGAAUAUAGUAGCAGUGCAUCACCUUCGCCGUAUUCAACAUACAUACGUGGUGCUGAAACUAGAUCUCCAGCAACACCACAUAGAUUUGAAAGACAAAAUUCCACAAGAUCUGAGGCGUAUGAAGAAUCUCCACCAAGACCGCGACGAAAGUGGGAGGAGGAUGUGUACGGUGUAAAGGCGCGACGGGAAGCUCUCCCAGAACCCGUUAAACCUCCUCCAAAAGACUAUUCGUCAGAUUCUGAUAGUGCCCCCGAGGAUGAGAAGGGGCAUGGUAGAUAUUUAAUGAGUAGGGGCACAUCCCCUAUGCCAGAGCCCGGUAAACGAGAUAGACGUUCUAAAGACGCGUCGCAAAUUAGUAAAAUUAAAAGGGUAAAGUGUCCAAAAGAGCCUCGCGGAAGAGCGAGAAGUGAUUUGAGGCGGAAACGGUUAGUAGAUUGUGCUACGCAAACGAAUCUUGAUGAAGCCGCUCCAAAACGUAGAAGCCGCCAAGGCGGAACGGAAAAUCGCGCCUCAAGAGAAGAAAUAGCCAAAAUGGCAGCUUUAGCUUUAUUAAAGGACGAUAAUGAUAAUACUGGUGAAAGUUUUUACAAACGCAGAGAACAGUUUCAGAUGCCAACUGAUCCUUUAUCACCUACGUAUAAAAAUAAAUCUGCUGGUUCGAGCUUUGAAUAUGACAAAUCUCCAACACGCCCUAACCAGCAGGACGAAAGGAAUUGGCGUAAAUCUGUGUAUGACGAUAGUCCACCUACAAAACGAAGCGAACCAAAUAGAGAUUCUCGUUAUUUGGAAAGCUUAGAUGUACCGGACGAGAAAAACUGGCGAAAGGCAGUGUAUGGUGACCCAACUCCCGCUCCUGGAGCUUUAAGUAGGCUAAAGCAUUACCAAACGGAAGAAGAUCUCAGAAUGGCGGGAGAAAGUGCAAGAGCGCGGAGAAUGCCACUUACAAGUACACCUGCACAUUUGAAUAUACCAGAUGAUGAGAGUAUGGACUCUCCGCCAGACCAUGCUGUCCGUUCUCCGUCAAGGCGGGAUAGAAAAUCUUACAAUGAUUCAGAGGCAGAAAAAAGACGGUCACAGCAGUCAGAAAAUGAAAAGAGACGAUCACAGCAGUCAGAAAAUGAGAAGAGGCGUUCGCAACCGUCGGAAAAUGAAGGCUCUAAGUAUCGGCGGUCUUCUUCUAGAGACAGUAUUCUAGAUGAUAAACCAAGUCGCCGUCGUCGUCAACGAACAUCAAGUCGUGAACUUUUGGACGAGUCAGAGCCUUCACAAAAAAGUGGCAGGACCACUCUUACACCAGAUUCAUUGUCGGUUAGAGACAGUAUUGAAAAGGUUCAUAGUUGGAAGCAAACACUUCCUCCGUCAAUACAGGACCAACAACAUUUAGGCGUUGAUCAAGCAAAUCGACAUCCUGAAACAGGUUUUCCGCGAAGUGACUCAGGGGAAUAUUUCUCUGCACAUGAACAAAAUCCGACCGGAAAACAAUAUAAAGACAAAAUGUAUGCCCAACAAACAGCUUCUUCUCCGAACUACGAAGAACAACAGUCUGGAGGUGAAGAAGAGGUGUUGUCUCCUGGUGGGCAUAGAAGGCGAAAAGCAAGACGCCAUUUGUCAAGAGACUUGUCACAAGAGAGCAGUGUAUUUGACGAAGAUCGUACACACCAUCCUGUGAAUAAGGAAAAGAUGAGAAAGUCUGAAUUAAACAGGUCAGAAGAACUUGAACGGCAAGAGCAAGAAGAAUUGGAGCGGCGGCAUCGUAUUUAUGCUGGUGAAGACCCAGCAGUUGUUGAAGAGUCCCUUCGUCAGAAACGAAAUGAACCAUACCAGCGUGAUGAGUCACCAAGCAGACGGCGUAAGCGUUACGGCUCGCGCCAUAAUUCACGUGACGACAUUCUUGAAGAUAAUCGAACGCGUAAAGACAAGAGAGAUACAGACGCACAUAUAAGUGACAGCUCACAAUUUGGUUUCAAUAGGGAAGGCUCGCCAAAUAGGCAAGGACAUAGAAGUAAAAAACACAGUCGUCAUAAUUCACAAGAAGGUAUUUUGGACAGAGAUGAUGCACGUGCGCAGGAACACGCACAAUAUAUGCGACCUCACAGUAUGGUAGUUUCGAAUGAGAGUUUAGCCAACCUUAGCGCCGCAAGUUCUAUUCCGUCCAUGCACUCGGCUCUUACUAAUGACGGUACUAUACAAAAUGCAGCUUCUUUGCAAUCUAUAACUUCAAACGAAGUACAGGAAGUUCCAACAGAUGAUCAAAUGACAUCAUCUGGUGGUUCACUUCCGGAUAUUGUUCCCGGUGAUAACAGGUCGCGUGAACAAUUUUCGAAAAAGAACCAGAAAUCAGGAAAAUACAAAAGCGGCUUGAUUGGACGAACGGAAGACAUAGACAACCUUCUUAAUUUCAGUCCAAAUGAAGAGGAAUUCGUUGAAAAGGGGCGAGGACUUCAAGAAGUAAUAAAGCAACAAAACGCGCACAUUCUUGACGCCCCUGUACCAAGAGAGCCUUCUCCUUUGAAGCCACAAGGUUCAGAGGAAAAAUUAAUAGACAUCGAAGAUGAGGAGGGAGUGUGGCCAUUUCUUUCGCAGGCCGAUGACAACGAUACUCAAACAUCUCCGAAACCCAGACCAGCCAAAACUGAGGAAAUCACUCAGACCGGCAAGGAGAUGUGGGAUUUAUUGAAGGCCAGGAAAGGUCUUGUUGUUAUAAGCGACAUUCUAGAACUAUGUGCCAAACCAAAAAGACCUCGAUUUAUUCGCGUUCCCGGGAGCGAGGAAGAAGAGAAGAGUUUCCGUGGUUACCAGACUGCAAACGAGAUGUUAGAAAACUUACAGGUCGACACUAAACAGCUAGAAGAUUGUGCUCUACAGAUCUACAGGUAUCAUAAUGGAACACAAGGGGACUAUGGGACAUAUCUCGACCCCGAAUCAACCAUUGAUGAACAAGCAGAGGAACUGGAAGGCUUUCAGGACCAUCCAUGUUCCAGCGAGAAGCCGAGGAGAAAAAAUGCCCUGAUCUUGAGGACGCAACUUACUGUCCGAGUACAUGCUGUGAUAGAAAAAUUGUUGAAUUCCUGUGGACGUGAACUAAGAGACGUGCCUUAUUUUCUCUCAAACAGAUCUUCCAG